UGAUAAAUUAAAAAAUAUAUAUAUAUUUAAUAUUACUGAAAAUUAUUAUUCUGUUGCUCUCAUAAAGGAGCAAUAGAUAUUGUUCUCUUGUCCAGCGUUAAAUAAGCCUUUGCCAAAGAACAAAACAUUAUUUUGGGAAAUGGGCAGCACUGCAAUGGAUCCUAAGAAGAAAGAUGAGAAGAAAAAUUCAAGAAAAAGGAGAUCGCUUCGGAUAAACGUGCCCGACUUGAGCUCCUUCGCCAUGCCGUUCCUGGAAGGAGAUGCAGAACAUGCCAAGGAGGGGGAGCUUAGCUGCCGUUCAGCCAGCCCGAGCAAAAACUUCUUCAGCCGGGGUCCGUUUAGUCGGCCCUCUAGCCCCAUGUCCGCUCCGGCCCGAUUCAGAAACAGCCCUGGAUCUCCCAAACCCGUCUUCCCCUACUCCUCCAACCACGACUCCUCGCCCAAGUGUUCACGUCGCCGCAGCUUCACCGGAAUCUUUCGCUCGUCCUCCAAAGACUCCACCAAUCCCUCCACAUCGCCUGUCAGCAUCAAACUUUUCUCUCGGGCCAGAAAAGGAGAGAAUAAGAGAGGAAAAGAAAAAGACAAUGAGAGCGAUAUCGAGCAUUGAAGCCCAUGAGGGAAAGGCUAAAGCGAGUCGGUGGCUCUUUUCUCCUUGACGCAUCCUCACUAAAUUUACGCCAUGAGCUCUGAGCCCCUGGAGCGCACGUUUACAAAGACUCACAGCUCGUCGCCAGGCAACGGUUAAAUAAACGGGUUCAGCAGCUGACAGGUGACUGUGAUGAGUGUGGCGGCGCGCAGCGGCCUUAUCUCAGCAGUGACUGUCACACAUGUAUGUGUUCAUCUGUGUGACACCAUGCCCUCUAUAGUGACCAAAUAAGGCUAUUUCCUCUUUUACCACCAUCUAUGGGGAAAAACAGUGCAUGUUAUGAAUAUCUGUGACCAGAAUUUUAUGUUUAAUAUUUCAUAUACUACUGAAAAAUAGACUGGACAAUCAGGGGCGGUUCUAGGGUGGAUACACGGGAUACACUUUAAAAAUAUAUUUUUAAAAGUUACAUUGG